AUGGCUACUACCUUGAAACCAGAGACUCAGAUCAAGAAGACCAAGACCGACCAAAAGACGGUUGAGAAGCGUGCCGCCGACAAGGCCGUUAGAAAAGCCGCUAACAAGGAGAAGAGAAAGGCUAUCUGUGAGAGAACUGCUGCUUACAACCAGGAGUACAGAGAUGCUGAGCGUGCCGUCAUCGAUGCCAAGAGACAGGCCAGAGCCACCAACUCUUUCUACGUUGAGGCCGAGCCUAAGUUGGUUUUCGUGAUCAGAAUCAAGGGUAUCAUGAAGAUCCCACCUAAGCCAAGAAAGGUCAUGCAAUUGUUGAGAUUGACCCAAAUUAACUCGGGUGUUUUCGUCAAGGUCACCAAGGCCACCUCUGAGUUGCUCAAGUUGGCUGAGCCUUACGUCACUUUCGGUUACCCUAACUUGGCCACCGUCAGAAAGUUGAUCUACAAGAGAGGUCACGGUAAGGUCAGAAACCAGAGAGUCGCUUUGUCUGACAACGAGAUCAUCGAGGCUGCUUUGGGCAAGUACGGUAUUGUCUCCAUUGAAGACUUGAUCCACGAGAUCUACACUGUUGGUCCUAACUUCAAGCAAGUCAACAACUUCUUGUGGCCAUUCAGAUUGUCUAACCCUAACGGUGGUUUCAGAAAGAGAAAGUUCUUCCACUUCAUCCAGGGUGGUGACACCGGUAACAGAGAGCAGUUCAUCAACAACUUGGUCAAGCAAAUGAACUAA